AUGGGAACUCGAGGUUUAUAUUGCUUCUUGUAUAAAGGAGUAUAUUAUAUAAUCUAUAAUCAUUGGGACUCAUAUCCUGAAGGGUUAGGAGAAGCUCUUCUUAGACAACUUCAAGGAUUUAGUUUGGAAGAAUUACGUGAAAGAUUGGUAAAUAGUAUUAUUGUGUGCGAUGAAAUAUAUCCAGAACUUACACCAGAAUUCGUAGAUAAUUUUCGAACAUUCAUCACACAAGACGAGCCUUAUUUUGAAUCUUGGUUACGUCGUUCUUCCAUGUAUAUAAAAGAUAAUGAGACAGGAAACCUUGAAGCCAUUAUUAGGCGUAGCUCGGGAGCAUUUUACACCUGGAUGUGUAAGACAUACGACUCUUCAGAAGAAAAAUGGUCCUUCUUACUAAGAAGACUUUUUUCUGUAGAUGGACUUCGUCUAAAAAAGGCUUUAUCUUUAGGUUAUUUGCUCCUUGAAGAAUCUCCAACUAAUGAAGCUCCAGAGAUUGAUUGUAGUAGUAGUAUUGAAUGGAUAUAUAUUAUAGAUUUAGAUCAUGAAAAAUUCUUGGUGAAAAAUAAACGAGAUGUUGAAUGGGAAUUCAAGCUUCAAGAAUUAUUGACAGAUAUUGGUGAUCCAGAGAAGUCAUUGGCGAAAAAGUUGAUUUAA